AGCUACACACAUCGAAGAACGAUAUUCACACCCUCAUAAAUUUGACUCUUACGCGAAAACAAAUUACAAUUCAAAGCGAAACUUUAAUACUUCCUAUUCUGAUAGACAUGUGAAUAAUUUAAAAUGCAUUUUCUGUUCUAAAAAUCAUAUGAGUCACGAUUGCUUGUUAAAUGUGUUUGAGAAGAAGAAAGCUUUAAUGUCUAAGGGCUUAUGUUUUAUAUGUUUUCAAAAUCAUUUAAGCAAAUUUUGUGAUAGGAAUUAUCAAAAAUGCAAACAGUAUAAUUCUUCUUCUCAUAACUCUUUAACUUGUAAUGGGAACGAACAUAAUGAAAGAAAAAAUGUUUCGGCGCCAGCGGUUGACGCCGUGCAAGGGGGGAAACCCAGAAACUCAAAACGCUAUAUCAUCUAUGAUUUCUCUUUCUUCUAAAUAAAUUAAAUAAAGAGGAGCACUUCUAAUUCGAUCUUAUUGCAAGCUUUUUCGGCGGAAAGCAAAACAAAACAAGGAGUUAAUAUUCAAUUGCGUUGUAUGUUAGACGGAGGGGCGAAUAAAUCUUUCGUUUUGAGAGAAAUAGCUGAGUCAUUAAAUUUAGAAGUGAUUAAUAAAGAAUCAUUAAUUAUUUAUACAUUCGGAAAUGAAAUCGCAGAAAAGCGCACAUAUGAUGUGGUCGAAUUAACAUUACAAAGUAUAAAAAAUUCAAAUCGGAAGAUAAAAAUACAAGCGGUGGUAAUCGACUCGAUUACUUCGGCACAAAUUAACAUUCCGUCACAAUGGGUUAGAAAUAUUGCUACAGAAAUGGGGACUGAAUUAGCUGAUGUUAGUACCUCCAGUAAAAUACAUGUUUUAAUUGGUUCGGAUUACAUAUCACAAAUUUUAGGUGAAAGGAACGUAAGAAUUAGUAAAAGAUUGAUUGUAGUUGAUAGUAUUUUUGGAGCUUUACUACAAGGACAGGAUAAGGAAUCCAAUUCACCGGAGAUGCCAGUCAAUCAUUUAUUUGUUGAAAAUGAAGAAUUAGAUUGUGAUAGGAUUAAGAAUUUGUGGUCAUUGGAAGCAAUCGGGAUAAAUGCAGAUAAAGAACUAUCUCCGUCAGAUAAAGAAAUUUUGGAAUCGUUUGAACAAAAUACGACAUAUUCAAAUAAAAUAUACGAAACUCGAUUAUUAUGGAGGGCGGAUAAUAGAGAAUUGAAUAGUAAUUAUGAAAUUGCAAAACAUCGUUUAUUUAGUUUAAACAAAACAUUCGAGAGAAAUAAGGGAUUAUAUUUAAAAUACGAUGAGAUCAUAAAUGAGCACAUACGGGAAGGAAUUGUUGAAAGGGUAGAAAUGGAUUUAGAUAAAAAUAUAAAUACAGGUUAUUUUCUCCCACAUCACGCUGUAGUACGCGAACAAAAGGACAGUACAAAGGUUAGGGUAGUCUUCGAUGGAUCUUCAAAGGGUAAAGGGGAAUUGUCAUUAAACGAUUGUUUAGAUUGCGAUCCAAACUUAAACCCGGAUUUACUAAAAAUUAUUUUGAGGUUCAGAUUGCACAAAAUUGCAAUUUGCGCUGACAUUCAGCGUGCAUAUUUGGAAGUAGGGAUCGCAGAACAAGAUAGAGAAUUUUUAAAAUUUUUGUGGAUAAAAGAAAAGGGUCCUAAUCUCGAUCUCAGCAAUCAUAAUAUCCAAACUCUUCGAUACAAAAGGGUUACAUUUGGAGUUAAGUGUAGUUAAUUUUUGUUGUCAGCGACAAUAAGAUUACACAUAGAGAAAUAUCGCAAAGACUAUGGUGAAGCGUGUGAAAUGCUCCAUAAACUCUAUGUAGAUGAUAUGAUCGACGGAACUUCUGACGUGCAGGAUGCCUUUCGUUUGAGUAAGGAGAUGAUAUUUAUUCUUGGACAAGCUAGCAUGAAUCUACGUAGAUGGACAACAAAUUCUCCGAUUCUUGGCAAAGCAUGGAAACAAGCUUUUAUAGAUUGCCGAGAAACAUCUCAAGAACUAGGCGUACCUUUAAAGAUUUUAGGACUUAUCUGGAACAAUGUUGAGGACAACAUUAGAUUCGACAUUCGACAGUUUGAAAAACUGAGAUUGUGCAAGGCGAUAACUAAACGAAUUAUCUUGGCAGCAGGCGGUAUGCUUUUUGAUCCCAUUGGACUAAUGAACCCCUUCAGUAUUAGAAUAAAGCUUUUGUUACAACAGAUUUGGGAAAAAGGCAUUUCAUG